AUGGCCACCCCUAGUGUCCUGGCCUUUGACGCUGAGGGUCGCGCCAUUGACUUUGCGGUCUGGGUCGAGGACCUGCAGCUGUACUUGCAGUGCGAUUCAGUAGAUGACAUCUCUCUCUUUGACUUUGCCUCAGGCGCUGUCCCUGCCCCUCCUGCUGAUGCUGACCCCACUGUUCGCUCCAAGUGGGCCACACGCGAUGCUGCUGCACGUCUUGCUGUGCGUCGCCACCUCCCUUCCUCUGAGCGUGCACACUUUAGUCAGUGCAAGACCGCUCAGGCCUUGUACGACCCUGUAGUUGCGCGCUACUCCUCCCCUUCCACUGCUACACUGAGCCGCCUCAUGCUACCUUACCUCUUCCCUGACCUAGCUGCCUUUCCUACAGUCGCUGACCUCUUUACCCACCUGCGCGCUAGUGACACUCGCUACCGAGCUGCGCUUCUAGCUGCCUUCUGCGCCGAAAACCGCCCUCCCAUGUACAUCACCCUCUACUUUCUAGUCACCCGUCUCCCAGAGUCCCUUCGUGCUGUUAGGGACCAGUUUCUCUCUGUCUGUCCCACCACCCUCACUGUCGACCUCCUCGAGAAGUCCCUGUUAGCGGCCGAGAAGAGCAUAGUCGCUGUAGGAGCCUCUCGUGGUGACCCCCGCACCCCCAUCUUUGAGGGGUGUUCUCCUUCCCCCCUGUUACCCUCUGUCGCCUCUGCUGCUGCGGCCGACCUCGUUGGUCUAGAGUCGGUCGGUGCGGCGUCUGCCCCCAGCGGUAGGCGCCGCUCUGGCAAGGGCAAGGGGGGCAAGGGAGCGGGUGGAGCUAGCGGGGGCGGUGGCGGAGGAGGUGGGGGCGGCGGGGGGGGUGGGGGUGGUGGUGGAGGUGGGGGCGGGGGUGGAGGUACUAGUGGCGGCAGUGGAGGCGGAGGUGGCGGCGGAGGUGGCGGUGGAGGUGGCGGUGGGAGCGGCGGGGGCGAGGGUGGCGGUGGUGGGGGUGGUCGGAGUGGCUCGUCCCAGCGGAGCAGCACUGGGGGUGGUCAGCGCCAGCAGCAGCAGCAGCAGCAGCAGCAGCAGCAGCAGCAGCAGCAGCAGCAGCGCUCUCGCGACGUCCCCGCCCCUCAGCAGCUCCGUGAGUGGUGCCGGUGA